UUUUUUAUUCUAAAGCAUGAAACGGCGGAAGCAGUUCUUCACUUCCGGUCCUUGACAAGAGCAGACUGUUCCCUUCCUUUCCUCUUUAGGUCCGACGCCAUGGACGAACCCACUGAAUCCAACGCCGAAAUUCCAGUUACAACCAACGCAGACGAAGGAAAUAUGGUAAAUGGAGAUGAACCAAUGCCCGACCUUCCUCAGAACCCCACCUCCGCCUCCGAUUCUUCUUCCUCUGACUCUGAUUCUGAAGACGACGAAUCCGACCAAAAGCUCCAACUCCAGUCCCUUCAAUCUCAGCUCUCCUCCGACCCCUCCAACUACGAUGCUCAUGUCCAAUGUAUAAAGCUUUUGAGGAAAAUUGGUGACAUUGACAACCUCAGGAAAGCAAGGGAAGCAAUGAGUGAGAUAUUCCCAUUGACCCCUCUAAUGUGGCAGGAAUGGGCCAAGGACGAAGCAUCUAUCGAUACAGGACCUGAGGCUCUUGCUGCAAUUGAGAGGCUAUAUGAGCGAGGGGUGUUUGAUUAUCUGUCGGUUUCUCUUUGGCGUGACUACUUAAAUUUCGUUCAAGAAUAUGAUUCGUUGGUGCAAAAUUGUGCAACUUCUGGAGUUAAAAAGGCUAGAGAUUUAUUUGAACGUGCUCUCACAGCCGCUGGUUUGCAUUUCACUGAGGCUGAAAAAUUAUGGGAAGCAUAUAGAGAUUUUGAGAAAGCCAUAUAUCAAACCAUUGCUGAAACUGAUACUCAGGCAAAGGAAAAACAAGUCCAGCUAAUCCGGAGCAUUUUCCAUCGUCAGUUGUCACUUCCUCUAUCUAACAUGAAUUCAACACUUGAGGCCUAUAAAGCAUGGGAGGUGGAGGUGAAACAAGGAUGCGUUCUUGAUACGGAAUCUAAUUAUUCUGAUGGGGUUCCCUCUCAAGUGUCCUCAGCUUAUCGAAGAGCAUUGGAUAUGUAUAAUGCCCGUGUUCAAUUGGAAGAACAAAUAUCAAAACAGGAUUUAACUGAUACUGAAAGACUUCACCAGUAUAUUAUUUAUCUAAAGUUUGAACAAUCUGCCGGAGAUCCAGCAAGGGUCCAAGUUCUGUUUGAGCGCGCAAUUGCUGAUUUUCCAGUCUCGGUUGAUCUUUGGCUAGAUUAUACCCGUUACAUGGACAAAACUUUGAAGGUGGGCAAUAUUGUGAGGAAUGUGUACUCCAGGGCCACUAGGAAUUGUCCAUGGAUAGGUGAUCUUUGGGUUCGGUAUUUGCUUGCUCUGGAACGUGCUCGUGCUUCCGAAGGUGAAAUUGCUUCUGUCUUUGAGAAGUCUUUGCAGUGCUCAUUCUCAACCUUGGAUGAGUACUUGGAUUUGUUUCUUACGCGAAUUGAUGGCUUGAGGCGAAGAAUCUCGUUUGCUGAUCAGCUAGAGGAUGUACUGGAAUAUUCGUUGAUUAAAGAGACCUUUCAGCGUGCAUCAGAUUACUUAUCACCGCACCUAAAGAAUUCAGAAGUUUUGUUCCGUUUGUAUGCUUAUUGGGCCCGUUUAGAGAUAAACUUGGGGAAAGAUCUAGAUGCUGCCCGUGGUGUUUGGGAAAGUUUGCUUAAGAUCUGUGGCUCAUUAUUGGCAGCAUGGGAAGGUUAUAUAGCCAUGGAAAUUGAGUUGAACCAUAUAAAUAAUGCCAGAUCCAUAUAUAAGAGAUGUUACAGCAAAAGAUUUCCAGGGAAUGGUUCAGAGGAUAUUUGCCAUUCUUGGUUGCGUUUUGAGAGGGAAUUUGGAAGUCUCGAAGAUCUUGAUCAUGCUGUUCGAAAGAUUAACCCUCGUCUGGAAGAGUUGAAGUCCUAUAAGUUACAAAUGGAUGAGUCAGAAAAUCCUGUAAAGCAGAAUGAUCAUGGUAAGCGAAAAUUGGGUGGAGAUGCACCCAAUGUAGAGUCUCCUGCUAAGAAACUAAAAGAUUCUGCCCAUGGGCUAAAGAAGGUUACUGAAAAGGGUAAAGCUCAAUCACAAAACGUAGAUGAUCAAACAGGAGACAUCAGAGGAAGAGUUAAAAAACCUGAUGACACAAGUGACCAACAAAUGAAAGAUUCCAUUCAAGAAAAAGGGAAAGUAUAUAAUGACCAAUGCACUGCAUUCAUCUCCAACCUCAACCUCAAGGUUACCUAUGAGCACUUGCGCGACUUCUUCCAAGAUGUUGGUGGAGUUGUUGCAAUUCGAAUAUUGCAUGAUAAGUUUACUGGAAAAUCACGGGGACUAGCAUAUGUAGAUUUCUCUGAUGAUGCACAUCUUGAUGCUGGAGUUGCAAAAAACAAGCAGUUGUUGCUUGGGAAAAAGAUUAGCAUUGCGCGGUCAGAUCCUAAGAAAGGGGGCCAUACUACGGAUCGAGCUGGUGGAGGUAAGAGAUUUGAGUCGAGAAGUUCUGCAAAGGCACCUCAGAAAGCCCAUGAACAACCACCUGGGGCGAGGAAGCAUGGAGGGAACAAUAUCGAGCUUAAGGGAAAGAACACGUUUGCGGUGCCUAGAAAUGUUAGAGCACUUGGUUGGACUGCAGAUAAACCAAAAACCGUAGAACAAGCUGAUGAAAAGCCAAAAACCAACGAUGAAUUCAGGAAACUGUAUUUUAAAGGCUGAAGCUUUUUUUUUUUUUUUUUUUUGGUUGUAAAGAUUGUAAUGGAUUCAAGAUUCUGAUGUAGACUAGAGUUUAUCCCUAGAUAUACGUAUACCAUACAAGGGAAUUUCUUUUUUUUUUUUUUUUUUUUUUGUAAUCUCUUACAAUUAGAGUUUUAUCUAGGCAUAUACUAUGGUAUCCUGUUGUUUGGAUACUUGAAUUUGCUCUGUUGUAUAUAUAGUCUCAGUUGAGAUUUCAGGCCUAUUUAUAAAAACCAGCAGUUAACUAGUGAUUGUGCUUU